CCGAACAGUAGGAGGUCACUCUAUGCUGAUGAUGAUGCACUCUGGGUUAGAGGGAGAAAUCUGGACUUUUUAAUGAAGGACAUGCAAGGUGUAAUAAAUAGAAUAGAGGAGUAGAUGCAUAAGUGGGGUUUCAAGUUUCGAGUUGUCCAUUGCAAAGUCCCAGGUCAUAUGUUCUCAUAAACAGCACAAACAUGUACCAUUCCAGUUGUAUGGCCAAGUACUUGAGCAGAUCAGAGAAAAAAGGUUUCUGGGGGUCACAUUUGAUGAGAAGCUCACAUGGAGUCGGCAUGUUGAGAACAUAAAGAAAAAAUGCAAAAAGAUUAACAAGUUGUUGUGAUCCCCUGAAGGGACUGGGGAGUUCAUAGAAAGUCAGUGUUAAAUAUUUACUGUGCCAUGAUGAGAGCUGCACUUGAUUAUGGGUGUGUAGCUUACAUGUCUGCAGCAGACACACACUUAAAGAACCUGGAUGUAGAGUAGGCCCUUUGAAUUUGCAGUGGAGCUUUUAAAACAUCCCCUGAUGCUAUGUAUCAGGAACUAAUGUUGGCGUAUUGGGUAAAUUUGCAAGGCCAGGGCAUGUUGCACUCAACAAAAAACAGUACUACCGCAAGAAUGCUGUGAGCAUAAUAAAACAAAUUUUACUAGCUUUGGAUGGGUGGGAAAUGCUAUAACACAAAAAGCAGGGUUAUCCCAACUGCUAGCUGGUCUAGCGGCGCCAUUCUUGGCCUUUCAAGUCUUUAAUGAAGUACUUGAAGGAGACUGGCUUAUUGUGCAGAGUUUAACUUUAGAGUUUUGUGAGUAUGUCUCUGUAUGCAUAAAUCCUUUUUUCUUUCUUUCUUUCCUGUGCCACACUCCAAUCAAGUAGGUGGCAGUAAUGCUCCUUAAGCUGGUUGCCAACCGCCAAUUAAACGAACGAGAAGAAGAAGACAGUGGGUGGCGGUAAUGCACUUAAAUGUUGUUUACCAACCACUACAGAGGAAGAAGCAAUAGCAGAAGGUAAGUGAGUGAAUUUAUCAGACUUUCAUUAGAUUGAGUAAGUGAUCGAGUUAAUUUAUCUGACUUUCACCAACUUUCAGUCAUAAACUUUUAAUAUGUGACACUUUUGUUGUUAGGGAAACCACACUUCAGGUUAUAGGUGAGCAGUAAACGGGCAUUCGGGAUUCGGACAUGUCGCCACAACAGGCACAGAUUUGUGUCUGUACCGGGAGUCGGGUCCUUUAAUGUGGUGAAAAUCUUUGUUCAAUCAGUGUACCUGUUCAGCUCGUCCUCUCUGUGGAAUUUCGGCCCUGAAUCUGCGUCGAGUAGUUAAAAAAGACGUUAAACUUCAGAGCAGGGGCGAUUCUGGGAUCAGAGCUCUAGGGGUGCUGGGCACCUCGAGUGCUGGCCAAGAUAAACCUCGUUAUUUUUUACAUCUUAACGCAAUUUUGGACCAUCAUUCCUACAUUUCUGAAAGAAAAGCAUAACACAUAGAGGAUACACUGUGACUAAACCAACAAAUCUCAGAAAAGUUAUUUAAAUGCUGAGCUACAGCAAAAGAUGAAUGGAUUGGAAUCAUCCAUCAAAGCAGACUUUAUCCCUGAACCUGUAGAGACCUAUUAUCGACCCUUGGGGAACACAACAACACAUAAAUUUCUAGCCUGAGGAGAUGUAUUUGCCAAUUUGGACAGACUGCUAUCUGUGGCCUGGACAGCUUCUCAGCCAGCUCAGUGCAGUUCCCCUAAUAUUUCUCUGUUUCAUUAGAAUUUUAUGGUUUAUACAGUGUGAAAGGCUUUUUUUAGGUCAAUUAAUAUUUAAAUAAUAAACUCCCUUUUAUCGAUGCCAUUUGUGAUUUCUUUAAUUAAGUCGAUUAGUACAAGGGUAAUUGAUAAGUUUUUGUCUGAAAACGUAUUGAUAUUCAGUCAGUCAUGUUUCUCAAUGAAGCUAAAAAGUGAGGCAGCAAAGAGCUUCUCCGAUAACUUUCAAAAUAGUGGGAGUACAGUAACUGCCCUAAAUGUUGUAAACUGGUGUCUGUUCCUUGAUUUGUAUGUCAGAUUUAUUUGUAUAUACUUUUGAAGUUUUUAUUUUGCUUGGAAAUUUUCUGACAAAACUUUCAUCAGGUCUUUUGUAUGUUUAAAAGGAGUGUAUGUAUGUAAUGGAUGUCAAAUAGACAGUUAUGUGAAUUACAGUACUAUCAGGGUGAGACCAGACUCUCGCACUGGAGGUUAGCGUCAUAUUAUCACUUGAUAAUAUUCCAACAUCCCAAUGCAUUUAGGUACUUGCAUGUCAUAUUCUGUUUGUUUGUUUGAAGUCUGACAUGUGUUUUGGAUGCCUCUGUCUUUGCCUAGGGCUCAUACAAGGUCAGAGCAAGUGGCAGGAGACUCCACCAGAACUUCAGCAUGAUAGCAGGCUCCCCCGAGUCAAAUGAGCCAUGGCCUCUCAAUCCCAAACUGGAGAAAAAAGUAAGAGUUUGUACUUGAUAGAUUUAUCAGGUUCCCAACCACUGCUGUUCCCCACUGGGCAAGAUUUCUUUUAGGUUUAGAUGGAUAGUAUCAUGGCUUGAUGAUGACCGUUUUAACAUGCUUGUGAGAGACAAGACGUCUCAAACAAAAAAUGAAUAAAAACAGAAAGGUUUAAAGUCAGCCAUUGUUGGAAGAUCUAAACUGUACUACAUCCACAUGAUCAGGAAAUAAACCACAGAAAGGCAAAGUUACCUGUUGUUAGGACGUUGUUUUCUGUUUACUGAGUCCAGCUGCUCUCAACAGCACAUUACAUCCAGUUUUCUUCACUAAUUGCCACAACUACAAUAUAUUAUGAAAGUAGUCAGAUGAACAUGAAAUCCCCUUAAAAAAAAUUCAGGAAAUGUUUUUUAAGAGUUUAAAAUAAAAAAGAAGUAGCAGUUUGAAAGCUUCAUUUCCCCACUGAACUAGUACAUCUCAAUAACAAGUCGGCAUCAAAGGAGAUAAUUGUACAAAGUUAUUUCAAACCAUAGACAAGCUCUUAUCUUUAACCCAAAAGCAAUCAGUCUGUCACUGUGAAUGAAGACUCUAGAAUGAAGGAUAAACUAUACUUUCAACACAUGUAUCCAUUCAAACUCAUGACUCACUAAUAUUAUAACUAUUAUAUUCACUAUAUUUGAAUUGAACUAAAAAAAUUAAGGUGUUUGUGCACUAAGUGAUUUGAGAGGUCAGGAGACAAGACAGCCCAUAUUUUUGCAGCCAGUUCCCAAUGUAAUGAGAUGACACUGACGAUAUGAGACUACAGACAAUUCAAUUCCACUUUGGGGAUCAAUGAAGUUUUUGUUAUUUUAUCACAUGCACAGUUUUUCACUGGUUGCUUACAGCGCCAUAUUUAGAGUAUGUCAUCAUCCCAAGGUUAAUUCUAUUUUUUCUGUCCUUUGAGUGUCAUGUUGAAGGAUAAGCAGUGGGCUUUUAAAUGCCUUGCUAAAACAUAUGCUUGGUAUUCGUUUUAUUGUCCAGGAAAGAGGUUUAUCCUUAAAUUCUUGCCCCUUUGGGUGUGGAGCCUGAAUUUCAGUUGGAAGAAAAUUUGAAAUUUAUGAUAUACUUUGUAUCUCUCAACAAGCGUGACUAUGAAUAUAAGAAAACUCAAAAAAGACAACAAGUCCAAAAAUGAUCCAUCCUCACCCAUUUUAUGCAGCUAAUGCCUGAUUCCGCUGCACCAAGAUCUUCGUUGUCCCGGGAUGACACUUCGCUAGUGUUCUUGACCAGGAGGUUUGCAGAACUGCUGAAACAAUCCACUGAUGGAGUAUUGGACCUUAAUCUGGUGUCCGAGAAGCUUAAUGCUCCAAAGAGACGGGUCUAUGAUGUUACCCAUGUCCUUGAAGGAGUCCAUCUCAUCGAGAAAGUGUCUAAAAACCACAUCCAGUGGUUGUAAGUAUGGAUGAAUUUUGCAGUUGCAUAGAGCAUUUUGAUUUUCAGUGGAGCUUGUUGUUGAAGGUCGGUAAUGUUUACUAUGUGCAUUCAGCUUUGUUACCACAUAUCGUUGUAUCCUGUAGGUCCUUUUUCCAGAGUAGGCGAAAAGGAGUACACUGUAACUCGAUUUUGCAUUAGUGGCGCUGUAAAUAUUUAAAGCUCAUCUCCCUGUCAGAAACUUUUACAAACUACACCAAGAUGUUACCUAUAUUCUGUGCUUUACCUGCAAAACAUAUCAUUGAAAUAUGUGUUUAUCAAAAACGUUCAGUGAUAAGCUGAUUGGGAACUCUGUAUUGUCAUGACCUGGCUCAGGUGGUCACAACAAAGAAAGAAAGAACACACCAUGUAUAAGAAUCAAAACAAAUCUUUAUUAAAUCCAAUUGAACCAAAUUAGAAUAUUUAAGAAAUGAGGUGUGUAAAUCAGUGAAACCAGUAGUGUGUAGGGUGUGCAUGACUGGAAGGUAGGUGUAUGUGUGCAAGGGUGUUGUACAGAGCAAACAUAAAUACAACUAAACAAAGCCCAAGCCAAACCAAGUUAAACCAAACCAAACCAGACAAAGCCUAAGCCAAACCAAACCAAGACAAAUUAAGUGCCCAUAAAGGCAGACUGGAGCAACGAAAGAGAGAAUUGCAAGUCACUGUGGGAGCUUAGAUACUCCCAGCGCCCAGGUGUGCAUAGUGAAGCCAACCAGACACACCUCCCACAGCAGCGUGACCCUAUAAGGGCAUCACAGUAUAUUAAAAACACACACUUUUCUCAGAAACCCUGUAAAUGAUCAAGUAUAGAGUUUUGAGAAAAAUCCUGUAACACUUAACAAAGCUGACACUCAUUCAUGAUCAGAAAUGGAUGAAACUUCAGUAAUGUUUACUAUGUGCAUUACAGGCAGAGUUCUACUGGAGCCAGGCAGUUUUAGUUUCAGUUACAAUUAUGGCUCCCCACAAUCAUAAAAAUAUGAUCUUAGAUCUCUAUAUUAUUAGCCACAGGGUGUGCUGCCCAGCUCGGCUCCUUUCUGAUCAUUAUUGUGUCUACCAGACAAUUUGAAGCAUUUCAUCAAAAUUCACACGAUAAGAAACUUGUGCAUAAUAGACCAGUCUGAACAGCUUAAUAGUAGUUGCAGGCAGAGUCUGAAUGUGAUAUGAAGUUAAUGUCUUCAUUUUUUUCUUGUUAGGGUGCUAACUUUGUUUUGCUCUUGGUUUCCUCAGGGGUGGUCAAACAAAUAAGGAGCUGAAGGCUUUGAUCGAGGAGGAGAACAAGCUGGAUGAGUUAAUACAAAGCUGUAUGUGGCAAAUUCAUCACCUGUGUAAGAACCAACCAGGUCAAAGAUAUCCACAACUAAACCCUGCUUGAUGUUGUAUAAGUGAUGUGACUUGUUCAGUUUUGUCAUUAUGUAGGGGUCUAGAGGGCCUGUCACCUCCUUUUCUUUCUUUGUCACUUGCCUGUUACUUUGGAUGAAAGUCUAGGUUUUUCAGUCUCACAUCAUGUACUCUGAGGUGCCUAGACACCACUGUGGUUUGACUGUUUAUUCCUUAAUCUUGAUGGUCACAUUUGCCUAUUUGACGUACGAGGAUGUCCGAAGAAUACCCAGUUUGGAAGAACAGACUGUGAUAGUGAUCAAAGCCCCUGCAGAGACAAAACUGGAGGUGCCACACCCAAAUGAGGUAAAUUUUCAUACACAAUUAUUUUUUUGAGUAACUGAGUCAUUAGUGGAAAACUUUAGACAACAUCAUGGAGGUUGAAUGUGUUUGUGGUAAUGUGUGUGUGUGUGUAUACAAGGAUGGGGUUCAAAUAUGCCACUAUGACUCCCUGUCCUGUUCUAGCUCACAAAUUGUGUAAUGCUUGGUAAUCUGACACACUGUGCUCGUUUCACAGUUUUCAGUCUGAUAAGCAGCAAGAAUGACUGUCUUUGUGACUGUCUGUCUCUCGAGACUUCCUCACAUAUAUAACAUUUGAGCCUCUCACCCUGAGCAAAGAUGACUGUUAUGGGAAUAAAGUCUCCAACUAUGCUUUCUGCUGGUGCUGGCUGUGAUGUGAUGCCUGUUUGCUUCCUGUAUUUUCAGAGCCUGCAGGUCCGCCUCAGCAGCACACAGGGACCAAUUGAGGUAUUCGUCUGCUCAGAUGACCCCAUACCUACAGAAGCCACAGGUGGAUCUGUGGUCAGUGGUGGUGACUUAAAUUUGUCUCUCGAUGACGAUAGCUCUGCUCCAAUUGUCCCUUGCUCAUCUUUUGUCCAGGUGUCUAGCGAAGGUGUGUAUUUAACUUAAAGGUCUCAUGUUUCACUCAAGGCAGUCGUGAAUAAGACAACCAGAAAACUACAUUUUAUAGAGGAGGAAACUGUGUGUUUAGAAGCCUCUUGUUCAUUUUUCAGUAUAUUUCUCUCUUAAACAUUCCUGUGUCUCCAUUUUCUUUAUGUUUUCAGACAGGGCUGUUACUACCUCUCAAAUUAGUGAUAUCUCCAGCCUGCUACCUGAGCUAACACAGCAGCAGUCAUCACCUGUCUCUGCCAGCCCUGUUUCCACCAUGACCAACCCUACCCUCAACCCUGAUUUCAACAAAGUAUUGUCAACCUUACGCCAUCAAGUGCCUCCUCUCUAGAUGGAAAGGAGUAUGCUCUGAGACGGGCUGUGGUCGAGGGCAUCCCUGAUCCCCCAACCCCCCAAAAUAUUCCCUUUCUGUAAAAAAAGUCUGCUGUAACAGACAAAAUGGACAUCUUGCCACUUCAAGGUGAAAGGGAACCUUUAGUUUCCAGUUUUUACACUAACAUGGCCUUUUCUGAUCAUCUUGUCUGGGGUUUGUCAAUGGUCUGAAAUAUGGAGGAGGUUGAAGUGAUUUUGUAGUUGCUUUGUACACCAAAAGACCAAGUAAAGUUUUUUUUUUUUUUUUAAAUCUUUUGACAUACAUCUCUGCCUGCUUAUAAAGUGUGUGUUUCCUCAAUGAACUUGUCUGUUAACACUGGGCUUAAGCCUUACUCACUAAAAGAUUUUUAAAACUUGACUGAUUUUUGAACUGACCCCACACAUGAUGACCAAUUGAACUGUUUUGUUCCUUUAAGUGUGCAAAGAUGUAGUGAACAACACAGUACACCUGAUUGACCAUCAUUUUGUUCCAUGUUUAAUUGGACAGAGUUCAUGCAACCCUGACCCUAACACAUAAAGAUUCCUGAUCAAAAUA